UAAAGUAUUCGCAGGGUUCUGUUAGACUAAUGUGCAAGCUUUUGCAUUUCUUUGUGUUCAAAAGCAUACAGUAACUUGUAUGCCCAUUUUUGGAUCAGUUCAAUUGUUCCUCAUAGUUUUUCACUCAACUAUUAAAAGAUUAUGACAAGCAAACCAAUCAACUUUUUCAUGGAUACUCAUUAAGAGGAUGACUGUCUUAGAUUUAUUUCCAUGCCCCAAUUUCUUAAACAAGUUUAGGCAGAGCAAUCCUUAAGUCUCUUAUUUCAAUUAAUUUAACCAAAAUACUUAACAUUUUUUUUAUAAAAAAAUAGUUUAUCUGAUUAUCGUGAUAAUUUUUUUUUUAGUUUCAUUUAAAUUCUUAAAACUUCAAAUGAGAAUAAUACACAAGUUAAACCAAAACAAAUAAAGUGGGCUUAGAUUAAUAGUGUUAUUAGGUACCUGGUCCCAAUUUCUUGAUUUUUUUAAGUAUAACUCACUUAAGUAUCUUAUUUCAUUUAGAAAAAAACACUUACUUGAAUAUGAUUUUGUGAAACAAAAAGUAGUUGAUCUUAUUAAUCUCAAAUAUUAUUUCCUUUAAAAGUCUCAAAACUCUUUUAAAAGAGAACAUUACUGAUUUUAUACAAAUUCAAAAAUAGUGUUCUGAGCUUGAUUCUGUUAUGAGGGACUUAAGGUGGUUCGAGAAAUUGGGGCCUGGUACUUAAAUGUUUUUGUUCAAGAAAAAAUUAGGACCCUAAUGUUAGCAUACAUUACCUGCAGACUGUUUUGAGGAGCACCUUUGGAUUCAUCAAGCCUUAUUCCAAAAAGGAAGUAUUAGAAAUAUGCUAAAAAGUGCAGACAAAUGAUGACUGUGAAGGAUAUUAUUAGGCAGGCGAACAGUUCAAGAGUGAAGUAUGUUCUAGAAGCACUCGUUGAGAUCCGAAAGACUUACAUUAAAUCUCCUGCAGGAGUUUCUAGAAUGGUUUUGGGAGGACUGGUGGAAAGGCUACUGGAGCUGAUCAAAACUAGAACCAGUCUUGAGGAGAAGUACAGGUCAAAGGUCAUUGACAUGGCAACCAGCAUUCUGGGUAACAUGUGCAUGGAGGAGUGUGCAAGGUCCAAGGUUAAUGAAGUUGGAGGCAUGGCUGUGUUAGUGGAGUUGUUUCUAACCACUGAUGUAGAGCAUGUGCAAAACCGCGCGUGUCGUUGCCUGGCAAACAUGCUUCUAUUGACCCAGAGUUGGGAAGUGGCAGACAAUUCUGCAGUCAUCGAGAGAGUUGUCAAGCUUCUGAAGGAGUCAAAUGUAGAAGAACACAAAUCAAAUUACAUAAGGACAAUAAGACUGCUAGGUAAGACGGGCACCCAUGUACGGAGACUGGUGGAGAAGAAUGGUGUAAUUGAGGUGGCAAGGCUUCUAGAUUCUGACUCGCCCGAUAUCUGCCAGGCGGCCCUCAGGUGCAUCCAUAGCCUCUCUGUGCACAGUUGCAGUGAGCAGUUUUCAUGCCAGGUUGUUUCCUCAGGCCAGCUGUCCAAGCUUCUAACCCUAGCCCAGUCUUUCAGUCAUGAGGCCUUCAAGCUUGUAGUCAGGCUCUGUGAAUAUUGUGUGUUCAGACAAGAGUUUGGAAGUGCGGGAGGAAUAGAAACAUUCAAGGAAAUGUAUCAAAGUGAAGGAAAUGAGUUGGAAAAUUGGAGACUAGAUAUACUGAAUGUGCUUUGUCUAUGUUGCAAGGAGGUUGUUAAUAGAUUGAAGAUUAGAGAGCAGAAAGUGUUUAAUGUGUUCAUGGAAUCUCUUGAGAGUGAAGAAUAUAAGCACAUUCAUGAGAGGAUCAUUAGUGCAUUGCUUUACUUCAUUUAUGAUGAUAAAGGAUUUCCCAUGCUACUUGAGGCUGGACUUGUUAAUGUUCUUAUAAAGUGUCUAAAGUUAGUCUGUGGCAUUGAUAACAGCGCAAGUACUGCAGACACAAAUGUUAAUGACAGGGAUGAACAGAAUAUAAAUACACAUGAAUUACAGUCCACAUCUGAUGAAGUUUUUGGUGUUGAAGAGAAGGAAAGCAAAACUAAGGAAGUAAAUAAAUCAACAAUCACUGUAGUUUCAAUUACAGCACACCCUAUUAAAAUGAUAACUGCCAAAGAGAAUGAAAGUAAAAGUUUUGGGAGUGUGGAAGGGGUAGACAUUGGUGACAUUGACUCUGAUAACGAGAUUGGAAAAGUUGAAAUCAAAGCCUCAGCAGGAAGACCAGUGUAUAGCAUAAACAGUCCAACAUACAAACCCCAGCCAUACUGGAAGGGUGAGGAAACUGACACACCCACCUGUAUUCAGAGGUUUACACCCCUGCAUGCAGCAGAUUCAGCCCCCAGUACAGGUUACAGCCCAUUCAGUAGUGCCUCUUACUACUCACCAGGGGAAAGUUCUCCGGAGUAUGGCUCAUGUACUUCUCCUCAGACUGGUAACUCUUGUUCUCCUCCGCAGUCGAGUCACAAUGUUGAUGAUGGUAAAGCUAGUCCUGUAGGUAGGCCCGGUCACCGUGGAUACAGACCUCUGUCUGGUUCCCAGUGUCCUGACCAGAUGCAUCCCAAAUACCCAAAAUACACGGACAUCAGUUGCCAGUUAUACAAGCAUGAAGAGCAGCCAGAUGCCUCUCACAGUCCACAGAAAUCAGAAAAACGAAGUGACCACCAUCUAUUUGCAAGAGAUGACAAAGUGCAGCCUGAAACAGCUGAUUCACCCAAGUCUUGCAUGUCUGGGUAUAGUGGGGAUUUUGAGGAUAAUCUUGGAGGUUAUAGCCCAGUGUACAGCCCUUGUUUUAGUGUGGAUCCUGAUGUUGAACCAAUGUCUGAGUCCGAUGAAAUUAAAGAAAAAGAUGUUGAGGUGGAAUGUGAUAAAAGUAAGAAGGAUGAUAAGGAUUAUUGUUAUAGAGUAGCUGACAAUGAGAUUGACAAUGCUGACAUUGACGAUUAUGCCUUCAGUAUCAUGCAAGAUAAGAAAGACCAAGAGACUGUGGUCACUAAAAAUCAGGCUGAAGAAAAAGUUAUGUCAAUAGUUUCUUCAGAAAAUAAUCCCCAAUUACAACGUGCUUGUAGAAGUCUACCUAUGAUGUCAGAUCCAUACGUGAACAACAUUUUGGUUCUCUUAUCCCGGGUUUCUCAGAUGGAAAACCCUACACCACAUCUUGUAACCAUGGAAACUGUCUCUAGUCUUCUCAGCUACCUGUCAGAAAUGGAGAAACCUCAUGCACGAUGUGCCAGACUUCUGUCAAGAGUUUUCAGGAAUCCUUUGUGCUUUGAACAGAUAAUCAACCUGGGACUUCCAGUCCUGAUUUAUAACAUGUUGUUACGAGAUAAGGAUGUUAGCAAGCUAGCGAUUUUGUUGAAUGAGAUGGGAGGAAGGAAGAAACGGAAAGUUACAUACAGCAAAGGAAGCAGCUUGCAGGAUGAUUCUGAUUCAGACAGGUUUUCAGUGAGUGAUUGGUCAAUGUUUGAGAAUGAACCUCCUAGUAAACGCCAGAAAAACAACAGUGAUGGUGGCCACUCUUCUACAAGGGGCCAUGUUAAGGAUGUAAGCUGGUCAGGCUGGUGCGGGCUUGCCCUCCUUGAGGACCUAUCGGGUGUGGCAAGUUCUAUGUAUGGGCGAGGGCUGGUGGAAAGGCUUCUUCUGACAGCACCACAGUUACACACCGCUCUCAAUAUACUCUACAUCACAUGGAGUUUGGAUUCAAGACAGUAUUAUUUCAUACAGUUGGUUAUCCUGGACCAAGUUCUGACUGUGAUGAAGAACUUCUGCUCCUCACCUGUAGGAGACAUUGCUAGUGUUCUCUAUGGGAUCUCACUUCUUACCAAAGUCACCCAUGCAGCUAACAAGUUCUGUAAACCCAUAAGGCAAUCUGUUCAGCCAUAUUUAAAUGAAGACUGUAAGCUGAAAAAUGUGGACCAGUCCUCAGAUAGUGUAUGUUUUCUUGUAAAUGAUGAGAAAGUACUAGCAGAUAGGUCAACCCUGGUUUCAAGGUCAGACAUAUUUUCUGCCAUGCUCAGUGGUAACUUCUCAGAGUCCUCUCUCUCAGAAGUGCCAGUGACAUGUUGUUGUUCUCUGGCAUUCCGGUGUGUGGUACACUACAUUCAUGGAUGUGAAGUCCGGACUUGUGAUACGCUUCAGAAAAUGUACUGUAAUGAUAUCAACACAAGGACAGUCAGUGAAGUGAUUGACAUUGUAAAUGAGGCAGAUAAAUACAUGCUUGAUGGACUGAAAGCACAAGCCUCUGACUGCCUGUUCUAUACAUACAUCAAUUCAGAAACAGCAUAUUCCAUUUUCAAAGUUGGAGCUUUAUACAGAUGGACCAAAUUUCUCAAAGCAGCUGUGACAAGAGUGUUCUGUGACAACGAUUUUGAGAGAAUUGUCAAAAAUGUUCAGAAAUUCUUGUGCUCAGAUUACUCAGAAUUAUUUAUCGAUACAAUUUGUGAUAUUCUUACUGAAUAAUGAUUUUAAUUAAUUACACUUUAUACUCGGAGAAGUGCCAUAUUAUAGUAAUACAACAUUUUAUUGUUUCUAGAUGUAACUGUUGACUGUGUUCAAAAGAAAAUGAAACAAUGUUCAAAAGAAAAUGAAACACCAGGCUUUUUGUUUGAUUCAAUUUUCCAAGCAGUAACUAAAUGAAGUAAUUCUUUUGCUUCUUAAAAGCCUUGUUCUUCAUGAGUCAUUUCAAUAACAUCACAUGGUAAUCUCAUUUACUGAAACAACUUUUUUGGACCAAUAUUCCACCUGUUACAAGUGUAUAAGUUUAUAAUUAUUUGUAUUUGCAUAUGAUAGAACUCCUUGUUGAUUAACAAUGCAUGAAAGCAGACUGAAAUGUUUAUAUUUAUUGCUUUUGUCAUUGAAUUGUUUCAAGCUUUAAUGAACAAAAUUGGUUUAUGCUCUGAGCUUCAUGCUUUUCAUUGUUUAUUUUUCUGUUUUCCAGUGCAUUAAUUACGGGUAGAUUGUCUUUAGGGUAUAUACUAUAUCACAUUGCAUUAAUUUAGUUUCAGUGGCAUUUGUUUUAUAUUUACAAUGUAAUAAAUAUCAACUUCAA